AUGUCCAUGUGGCUUUCCGAUUCCCAGAAGAUUGGGGUUGUCUUCUGCUCCGGCGGAGGCUUGUUCCUCAUCGGCGGAGUCAUGCUCUUUUUUGACCGUGCCAUGCUUGCCAUGGGAAAUAUCCUCUUCCUCAUCGGCCUGACAAUCAUCAUCGGCCCGCAAAAGACACUCCUCUUCUUCGCGCGCAAGCAAAAAGCAAAAGGCACGGCCGCCUUCUUUGUCGGCCUCGCCCUGAUCCUUCUGCGGUGGACCUUUGUCGGCUUCAUCGUCGAGGCAUACGGCAUUGUCGUCCUCUUUGGGGAUUUUCUGGGCACCAUUGCCGGCUUUGCGCGCGGCCUGCCCGUCGUGGGGCCCUAUAUCGGCGUCUUGGUGGACCGCAUCGGCCUGGGGCGGAGAAACGCCGAGCUGCCGGUAUGA